AUGUGGAAGGUCACGUUUACCGUCCCGCAGCUGCUGCAGCUGAUGCAGCUCCAAUGCAGCCUGAAGCUCCGCCCUCCUCGCAGCGGACGAGCCGUGAUUGGCCGUCACGUGCUGAACUAUGAGAACGUGGUGGAGACAACCUCGGAGACGGACGAGGACGACAGGACGCUGCUGUCCGAGGACGCCGGCUUCGCUAACGGCGGCGGCGGGGAGGAUGAGGAGGCGGGCAGCCCGGCCGGCGUGCCCACCAUGGAGGCGUCGCCCCGGGUCGGCCACGCCCUGCUGUCCGACCACCAGGACGGAUCCGAGGGCCUGCAGGACCCCCACGGCUGGAGGCUGGAGGACGGACGCCUCGACGACAGAAAAGACGAAUACGAACCUCUGGGUCCGGAGGCGUCGCUGCACGCUGUGGGAAACUCUGCAGUGAAGCGACUGGAGGGCAUCUCCGAACUGGACGAGUACUUCCUGAAACGUAAACUGGAGGACGGCGACGGUCACCCGGCAACCAUCGCCGAGUACCUGCAGCGCAGCGACACCGCCAUCAUUUACCCAGAAGCCCCGGAGGAGGUGACGCGACUGGGCACGCCCGAAGCCGUCGGCCAUGACGAGAGCGAGCACGACCUGCCGCCCGGGACGCCGGACGACUUCGCCCAGCUGCUCACGUGUCCGUACUGCGAUCGCGGCUACAAACGCCUGACGUCUCUGAAGGAACACAUCAAGUAUCGGCACGAGAAGAACGAGGAGAGCUUCGCCUGCCCGCUGUGCGCUGACACCUUCAGCCACCGAGCCCAGCUGGAGCGUCACAUGACCACACACAAGCCCUCCAGCGACCAGCCGCCACUGCUCGCCGAAGGAGCUGGAAACCGCAAGUUCAAGUGCAGCGAGUGCGGGAAAGCCUUCAAGUACAAGCAUCACCUUAAGGAGCAUCUUCGCAUCCACAGCGGUGAGAAGCCGUAUGAAUGCUCCAACUGUAAGAAGCGCUUCUCCCACUCCGGAUCCUACAGUUCCCACAUCAGCAGCAAGAAAUGCAUUGGCCUGAUUGCCCUCAACGGACGAGUGCGCAAUGGAAACAAUGGCAAACCUGGCUCCUCUCCCAACUCUACCACCUCCUCACCAGGAAGCCCCGCCCUCGCCCAACUUCGCCACAAACUAGAAAAUGGGCGACCGCUCGGCACACAAGAUCAGCAGCUGGACAUCAAAGCCGAGCCAAUGGACUUCAACGACUACCGACUGCUCAUGGCCUCGCAGCACGGCUUUGGGGGACCGGGGGUCUACCUGAACGGCCGUGGCGGAAGCCCCCUGGGCAUCCAUGGCUCCUCCCAGAGCCCCCUGCAACAUCUGGGAGGCCUGGGACUAGACCUUCCAUUGCUGGGAUAUGCAGGGUCUCUCGGGAACAACCUGAGCGAGGUGCAGAAAGUGCUGCAGAUUGUGGACAACACAGUGUGCAGGCAGAAGAUGGAUGGGAACCCAGAGGAGAUCUCCAAGCUCAGGGCCUACAUGAAGGAGUUGGGGGCCCAGAUGGAGGAGCAUCAGCUAGCCCAGGCUGGCUUCCAGGUGGUGGGCCAUGGCAGCCCAACCAAGAGCAUCAUCGACUACACGCUGGAGAAGGUCAACGAGGCCAAGAACCUGAUUGACGAAUCCAAGAGGCAAGUGGACGUCAAGAAGGAGAAACCAAACCACUCAGUGGAUCUCGGUGCCGAUGAAAAAUCUCAUGACGGCCAGAACCAGUUCUUGCCAUUCUCCUGCCAGUACUGCAAGGAGACCUUCCCUGGGCCGAUUCCGCUGCACCAGCACGAGCGCUACCUGUGCAAAAUGAACGAGGAGAUCAAAGCGGUCCUGCAGCCGGCAGAAAGCAGUCCUGCAGGGCGCCGAGGGUCGAUGACCUCCGAGCUUCCCAGUAAUGACCGGGCCACCAGCCCCAUGAACCACUUCAAGGACCAUGUGUCAGUGCUCAAGGCCUACUUCGCCAUGAACACUGAGCCCAACUCAGAGGAGCUGCUCAAGAUUUCCAUCGCUGUUGGCCUUCCUCAAGAGUUUGUCAAAGAGUGGUUUGCACAGUGGAAGAGUCAAAACCAUCACGUAAGCAAUUUGAGGAAAAAAUCGCCGCCUCCCGACCGCAGUGGGCCGGACGCCAACCACAGCUUGAGCCGGUCUCCGAUGUCUCUUCCUGCUGUAGAUUUACAUGGAGGCUUCACUAAUGGCGAAGCCUCUCACAGACUCACUAAGGGCAACCAGUUUACAGCCAACCGGCAGACAACAGGGGACAAACCACUAGACCCCUUGGACCACUUGAGGAGCAACACCCCGUCACCCCUCAACCUUUCCUCUACUUCCUCCAAAAACUCUCAGAGUAGCUCUUACACUCCAAACAGCCUCGCCUCAGAAGACGCCCAUGGGGACAUACCACUGGAUCUGUCGCUGCCCAAACACAUGGUGCACAAGCUCAUCUCCAUCGGAGAGAAGCGAGCCAGACCCAACGGUUUGAUAAUGGAGCGAAACGGUGAGGUUUCAGGACGAGAGCAGGGGUGUGGACCCUUAGACCUAGUCAACAUCAAGAAGGAGGUCCUGAGCUCCAAUGGUGGAGGGAAUUCCAUCCACCAGCUGGAGAAAAGCACCAGUCCCAUCUUUGGGAUCAACCCCUUUGGUGGCGGCCCCGUCUACACCUCCCUUCCACCUCACGGAGCGUUUCCUCCACCCACCUUUAUGUCUCCUGCCCAGGCCACCAUCCCAGGCCUCAGGCCCUAUUCAGGCCUCGACCCCAUGAGCUUCCUCCCCCAUAUGGCCUACACCUAUGCCACUGGGGCAGCCACAUUUGCUGAAAUGCAGCAGAGGAGAAAGUACCAGCGGAAACCAGGCUUCCAGGGGGAGCUGCUGGACGGGACGGCGGACUAUCUGUCAGGCCUGGACGACCUGACAGACAGCGAUUCGCUGCUCUCCAGGAAGAAGAUUAAGAAGACUGAAAGUGGUAAACGUCCUCACCAGUGUCAGAUCUGUAAGAAGGCCUUCAAACACAAGCACCACCUGAUCGAGCACUCGCGGCUGCACUCUGGAGAGAAACCCUACCAGUGCGACAAGUGCGGAAAGCGCUUCUCGCACUCGGGCUCGUACUCGCAGCACAUGAACCACCGCUACUCCUACUGCAAGAGGGAGGCGGAGGAGCGCGAGGCGGCCGAGAGGGAGGCCCGGGACAAAGGGGGCGGAGUUGGCGGUGGAGGAGGCGGCGUGGCGUCCGGAGGUCUGGAGCCCACCGAGCUGCUGAUGAGGAGGGCCUACCUGCAGGGCCUCGGGCCGCUCGGAUACUCGGACCCCGAGGAUCAGCAGGAGGACGGCGGCGGUGGUACGAUCCUGAGGGACGGCAGCGAAGGAGGCGGAGGGGAGGUGGAUAGCAAGACGUACGAGGAUGUGACAGACGGACAGGAGGCAAGUUUCAGGGAAGGAGACGACGACGAGGACGGGCGGCGGAUGGACUCGGCGAUGGUCGGCGAGGACGGCAAAGACUCGACGCAGCUGAUGGACGAGAGUUCACGAGAAGGGAAGACAGACGGCAAGUCGGACCAGGAGGACUGAUCGCAACGACGCUCCGCGGCGUUCGGAGGUUUCUGCGUCGUGGCUGACGGAAAUGAUCGCAGAGGCGUUUUUAUUCACUAUCGCAUCUGACAACAAACCUGCUUCCCUCCCAGAGCAACGAGUUCAGGACUUCACCCCAACGUUAGUGAAUCCCACUCUGAGCUGUUAGCCGGAGCAGAAAGAGUUUAGCUGUGACUCACGUUUAUCAGGUUCUGUCUGGAUUCGAUUUCUCGCCACACGAGUUCUUGUGCAGCUUCAUUUUCACUGGAGCUCUGAAAGUCUUUCUGAACCUGCUUCUGUGAUGAUUUACAACCUUAAAAGAUGAGCAGAGCUGCAACGAUUAUCAAUCAGGUGUCAACGAGCUCGUCUUAUUCUCAGUUUAUCGAUAUUAGUGAUCGAAGUAAGUCAAUUCUGUGGUCCCAGCUUCCUAAAUGUGGAUAUUUUCUGGUUUCUUUUGUCCUCUAUGACAGUAAACUAAACAUUAAUCAAACAAGACA